AUGAAGGUGUCGAAAGUCUUAGGCGCUGCCCUCAUUGCGGCAAAUUCCAACACUGUUCAGGCAGACCACCAAACGCGCGACAUCCCACGUCAAGACGUCCGGUACGAAGCUCAUUACUUCCAGCAGAAGAUCAAUCACUUCCCCGAGAACAAGCUGCCAUAUGCGCAUCAAAAUUUUACUCAACGAUAUUACUUUGAUUCGUCCUACUACAAGCCCGGUGGACCAGUCUAUCUUUACAUCAGCGGAGAAACAAGUGGGCCCAGUAGAUUCUCCAAUCUCCAAACUGGAAUUAUCCAGAUUCUUAUGGAAGCGACGAAUGGCCUCGGCGUCAUCCUAGAGAAUCGUUACUACGGAGCAAGCUAUCCAUUCAACACCUCCACAACAGACCAGCUAGCUUUUCUCACCACUGCUCAAACUAUUGCGGAUAAUAGCUACUUUGCACAGAAUGCUGUAUUCCCUGGAGUAGAAGGUGACUUGACAGCGCCGGGCACUCCUUGGAUUCUGUAUGGUGGCAGUCUCGCAGGAGCUCAGACAGCUUUCUCAAUCAAACAAUACGGCGACGUUUUAUAUGGAGGUAUAGCAUCGUCGGCCCCAAUCCACGUUGUCGUCGGCUAUCCUGAGUGGUAUAACCCAAUACAGAAAUACGCGCCACAGGAUUGCGUGAACCGUAUAAAUAAUAUAGUCGACAAAUUUGACGCUCUUGUCAAAAAGAACAACAAGGUGGCCAUUGAAAAAUUCAAAGCAUUGUUCGGCUUAGAAGUCCUGACCGACCACCGUGACUUUGCAGCAGCGAUAGCUGACCCUAUCGGAAACCCUGGUACUUACCUUUCUAAUACUUGGCAGGAGUUGAACUGGAAUUCUACCUACGGCUCUCGCGACUUUUUCUAUUUCUGUGGUAAUAUAACGGACAUCGACGCCCCUAAAGAUAUUUCCGACGUCGACCAUUCUAUGAGUAUUUAUACAGACGGUGAACCUUGGCCUGGCUUGGGAGGAUACGCUAACUACAUUAAACAACACACUCUUCCACUCUGUCGUUCUGGUAAUUAUAACAGUAACGAUUGCUGGGGAAGGCAAAAUCGGAGUGCUUGGGCAGACAUCACCAACAGCGCCAGUCGCUCCUAUUUGUACACAAGCUGCACCGAGCAGGGAGCAUACAUCGAUGCGCCCAAAGAAGGACCGAGUUUAUUAUCCCGGGUUAUUGAUAUUUCGUACGAGCAACAGUGGUGUACAUGGGCCUUCCCAAAAGGCAAGUACAACAAGAUUCCAUCGAGCCCUGAUGUCAAUGCGUACAACAGCUUUGGCGACUUCAACUUCUCAGCCGACCGACUGGCAUUCAUAGACGGCGACCAGGAUGUUUGGAAUGGACUUUGCUACCACUCGCCUCUAGCUCCCUCGAGAAGGCAGACAUCGGAUUUGCACCCGGAACUCUUCAUCACAGGUGCUGGUCACCACUGGGAUUCAUCGGGAAUUUUGGACGUGCAAGCCGAACCCCAGUUCAUCAGAGAAGCCCAUCUUUGGGAGAUUCGCACUGUCAAGAAAUGGUUGCGGGAAUUUGAGUCUUGGAAGUCAUCGAAGUUAUCUUCUGGUAGACGGUAUGCACGAACUUUUUAGAUUGGCCUCGAGCAUCUUAUAGAAACACUAUUAGGCCAUGCUUAGAUGCGUAGUGUUAUGAGUGCUCUUUGUAUAGGUGAAAUAUCUGCAAUGGGUAUGUCUCUGAUGUGAUUAUAGGCUUUGCAUAUAGAUAUCUCGUACAUGCAAAGCCUGUGAGUAGUUAUUUUGGUCAUAUAGAGGAAUGAUUCGCCAUGUAUUUUGAGCCUACUCAAGACGCACUUAAUGGCUCACAUACUGGCUCAAGGAGUUGAUUACAUGAAGGCUGGUAAAGCGUCGCAGUUCCGAUAUGUGCGAGCCUCCGAUCGAAAUAGAGAUUUACCUAAAAUCUGUGAUCUUGUAUAAUAUGAAAAUGUACUUUAUUGUAUCUUGUUGUUGUCAUCAUCAUUACCCCUUAAUGACUCGAUUUACUCCUGG